AUGCUGGAGGGCCCAGCGCUGGAGGAGUCUGAACCCGGCUCCCUGGCGCCGUGCGCGGGGUCCUGCCACGCACAGCGCGUUCUACAGACUCUCAACGCGUACCGGCGGAGCGGCACUCUCACAGACGUGGUGCUGCGCGCCGGUGGCUGCGACUUCCCGUGCCACCGCGCGGCGCUCAGCGCGGGCAGUGCCUACUUCCGCAGCCUGUUCGCAGCCGGGCAACCGGAGCGCGGUCUGGCCGUGGUGCCCCUGGCGCCCGUGGCCUCGGAGGCGGGGCCGGACGCGGCGGCUGCGCUGGCAGUGGUGCUCGACUACGUGUACGGCGCGGGCGUGCGCCUGCGCGCUGAGGAUGAGGCGGCGGCCGUGCUGGCGCUGGCUGAGCGGCUGGGCGUGGCGGGCCUGCGCGAGGCCUGCGCCAGCUUCCUGGAGGGCCGUCUGCGCGCCGCCAACAGUCUGGCGCUGCGCCGCGUGGCCGCCGCCUUCUCGCUUGCCUCGCUGGCCGAGCGCUGUGGCCACGUGCUGCGCCAGGCUUUCGUCGAAGUGGCUCGCCACGCCGACUUCCUGGAGCUGGCGCCCGACGAAGUAGCGGCGCUGCUGGCCGACCCGGCGCUGGGCGUGGCGCGGGAGGAGGCCGUGUUCGAGGCGGCCAUGCGCUGGGUGCGUCACGACGCGCCGGCCCGCCGUGGGCAGCUGCGGCGCCUGCUGGAGCACGUGCGUCUGCCCCUGUUGGCGCCCGCCUACUUCGUGGAGAAGGUGGAGGCCGACGAGCUGCUGCAGGCCAGCCGCGAGUGCCGCCCGCUGCUGCUCGAGGCCCGCGCCUGCUUCAUCCUGGGCCACGAGGCCGGCGCGCUGCGGGCCCGGCCGCGGAGAUUCAUGGACCUAGCUGAAGUGAUCGUGGUCAUCGGCGGUUGCGACCGCAAGGGGCUCCUGAAGCUGCCCUUCACCGAUGCCUACCAUCCAGAGAGCCGGCGCUGGACCCCACUGCCCAGCCUCCCAGGCUACACACGCUCAGAGUUCGCUGCCUGUGCUCUCCGCAAUGACGUCUAUGUUUCCGGAGGCCACAUCAACAGCCGUGAUGUGUGGAUGUUUAGCACCCCUCUGCACACCUGGAUCAAGGUGGCCUCGCUGGUCAAGGGCAGGUGGAGGCACAAGAUGGCAGUCAUGCAGGGGCAGCUGUUCGUAGUAGGCGGCUUCGAUGGUCUUCGGCGCCUGCGCAGUGUAGAACGCUACGACCCCUUCUCCAACAGCUGGGCGGCCGCGGCGCCGCUCCCCGAGGCGGUGAGCUCGGCGGCAGUGGUGUCCUGCGAGGGCAGGAUCUACGUGAUCGGGGGUGCCGGCCAGGACGGUGUCAGCACCAACAAGGUGCAGUGCUUUGACCCCAAGGAGGACCGGUGGAGCCUGCGAUCUCCAGCACCUUUCUCACAGCGGUGUCUCGAGGCUGUCUCCCUUGAGGGCACCAUCUAUGUGGUGGGGGGCCUCAUGAGCAAAAUCUUCACCUAUGACCCUGGCACAGAUGUCUGGGGGGAGGCAGCUGUCCUCCCCAGCCCUGUGGAGAGCUGUGGUGUGACUGUGUGUGACGGGAAGGUCCACAUCCUUGGUGGGCGGGAUGAUCUCGGGGAGAGCACCGACAAGGUCUUCACCUUUGACCCCAGCAAUGGGCAGGUAGAAGCCCAGCCAUCCCUACAACGCUGUACCAGCUCCCAUGGCUGUAUCACCAUCAUUCAGAGCCUGGGCAGGUGA